UGCUCCGGCACUCACAACUCCUCUCACUGUCGGCUCGAACUGAUGAGACGCCCUUAAUACACGGCCAAUAUUGAUGGGGUACCAAGCUCAAUAUCUGGACCACAACAACAGGAAAAAAAACCGAAACAGCAGAGAGUGGAUUAGCACAGUGAACGAAACCUGCAACACCAUGUUGAUUCACCACGCUCCAGGGAGCAUGAUGGCAGUCCUGCAGGAGAUGGAGGACAAUGGCAACUGUCCCCAUGAUGAGGCUCUGCAGUAUCUGUUCUUCCUUCUCUCCAAAAUGGCUUUGAACACGCUAGUGUUGUCCUUCUGGUUGCGGAGCAUUACCCAGACCUUUCUCGGCAUCCUCAGCAUCUCCAUGUAUCUGGUUGACCUGUCGAUGAUCUGCACCAUUUCCUGGAUCUGCUGGUUCAGGGAGAACCUUGAAGCCCACAAGUUCCUGUGCUUCAGUCUGUCGCACAGCUCCACCGUGUACUCUAUGCUGCCUUUGCCAGUUCUUCUGGCAGGAGCACUGGACUACGCUGCCCAUCGACGCCUGGUGGUCAACUGGGACUCUCCAGGUAGGACAGCUGGCCGCUGCGUAGUAGUGCUAUUAAUGUGGGCCUUGGCUUGCUGCUAUUCCUACAUGAACACCGACGCGGAACUGCUGACAAUUCAGUACAAGGAAGAAAUGCAGGCUCUUGUGUGCCCAGUGCAAGAUUCUACAGUGGUCAGCUACUUCAAUUUGAACUUGUUCAUUGUGGCAGGUGCCAUACUUUUGCUGUACUGCAGAGGGGUACCUCGCUGGGCUCGCCUGGCCAACAAACUGAGCAGGAAAAAAUCUUGGCUACUUGCUCCUAGGAGUGAUCUAGCCUUUUCCAACACGCCACAGAAGCUCAAAGAGGGGACUGCUGAGGACCCACGUAUGGAUCAUGAUCAGCAGGAUCUUCCUCCUCUUUUCGUGAGCCUGACUCUAUGUUUCAUUUUGAACUGGACACCCUACUUGUUGAUGAGUGUAGCCUGUGACCUCCUGGGAUUCGCAGUGCCGGCUUACGCUACAGUUAACCUCCUAUGGACGGCCUGUGCCAACAGUUUAAUGGCCGGUGUGGCCUUCUGGUACAGCAGUGAUGAUCUUGGACCUUUCUGCAAAUUGCCAGAUGACAUCUGCGCAUGGAGCUUUUACUGGCACUUGAGUAAAGAAAACUAUCAGUGGCCUACCAGUAAGAUACGCAACAAUAGACUAAGCACAUUGUCAGAAAGACUGCUGCACCACCUGUAGAGAUUUAGUGAAAAGAACUAGUGGAAGUACUAUCUAAAGUUUUUAUAUCACCACCAAGACAGGUCCUUUGCACUCGGCAGAGGCCAAAGCGAACUGAGCUAAAGUUGUACGCACUUAUCGUGCGAUCAUUCUGCACACUCAAGGACACUGGUCAAAGUUCAGCUCUUCUGUACAGCACAGUGUAAAUAUGAUUUUGAAACAAACAAUAAAUGUGGGAAUGCAUGGUGAUUAUUAUUUGAUCUGAUU